AGACAUUAGUAUUAGUGGGUUAGGUUAGGUACAUGCCUAAACACAAGCAAGUGGGCAGACCACUAAAGUCUACAACAGCUUCAGCUGCAGCGUUCCUCUCCCGUAUCCUGUGCCAGCUGACUCGCCUUCUCAAGUUCUGAAACGCAGCGGAGCGCGCCGGAGGAGAGCAAAGCGGACAGUGGAGGAUAGAGAGAGCAGAACACCAGAUCAGAUCAGAUGGCGCCUCCGUCUCCCCAGCCGCCGCUAGUGCGCGUGCUCGACCGCAUCCGCGUCUCGCCGCCGCCGGCUGAUUCUGAGCAAGAGCCUGCGCUCCCCCUCACUUUCUUCGACGUUGCCUGGCUCUUCACCGGCCCCGUCGAGCGCCUCUUCUUCUUCCGCCACCCGGAGCCGGCCUCCACUCUCCCGCUCCUCCGCUCCUCGCUCUCCCUCGCGCUCCGCCGCUUCUACCCACUCGCCGGCACCAUCAGGCCCCACGCGCCCUUCCUCUGCUCCUACACCCAUGGUACCGAUGCCCUCACCAUGGUCGUCGCCGAGUCGAACAGCCCCGACGAUUUCGACAGCCUCGUAGCCAGGUCACGCAGGGACCUGGACAGGAUCCGCCCCCUCGUUCCGCAGUUGCCGCCGCCGGGGGAAGACGGAGCGUUCGCGCUCGCCGCCGUGCAGGCCACUGUCUUCCGAGGCCGUGGCCUCUGCCUCGGCGUCUCCGUCCACCACGCUGCCUGCGACGAUGCCUCCACCAUGCAUUUCGUCCGCACCUGGGCCGCUACCUGCCGCCUAGGACUCGAGAACGACGACGGAUCCGAGGACGCCGUGCUACCGCCACGGCCGGUGCUGGACCGCUCCGUCGUCGCCGACCCCGACGACCUGCGCGGGAAGACGCUCGCCGGGAUGGCGCGCCUCGCCCCUCCUCCUUCUCCGCCGCCGCCGCAGCAGGAGGAGAAGACGCCGAUGGUGAUGGCGUCGUUCCUGCUGGGGCGCGAGCAGAUCGACCGGAUCAAGGAGGGCGCGGCAGCAAAGGCAUCGUCUUUCGUGGCGGCGUCGGCCUUGGCGUGGGUGUGCCUCCUCAAGUGCGGUUCCGUUGGCGUCGCGGGCGCCCGGCGCAGCCACAUGCUCUUCUCCGCCGAGUGCCGGUCCAGGCUGACGCCACCGCUGCCGGCCGAAUACUUCGGCAACUGCCUGCGCCCCUGCUUCGUGGAAGCCGCCACGGCGGACCUUCUCUCUGGGGAAACUGAGGACGGGGUGGCUGCGGCGGCGUCGGCGAUCGGGAGCGCGAUCCAGGAGAUGGAGCAGGGCGUGCUGGAAGGCGCGGAGGGGUGGUUGGGCAGGGUGCUGUCGGUGCUUCCCGAGCGGCCCAUGUCCGUGGGCGGGUCCCCCAGGCACGGCGUGUACGAAACCACGGACUUCGGGUGGGGCCGGCCGGCGAGGGUGGAGAUGGUGUCGGUGGAGAAGACGCCCGGGACGGUAGCGCUGGCAGACAGCCCGGAGGGAGACGGAGGCAUCGAGCUCGGGGUGGUGUUGCCGCCGGACGCCAUGGAUGCAUUUGCUUCGUGCUUUGCGCAUGCCGUCGGCGCCAACGUCUGAUUGGCAUUCCGAUCCGAGGUGCAGCUGCUGCGCCAAAAGAUUCGAUUGAAGCAGCGUAUUAUUUGUGCUUGAUUAAUUGAUUUACUUUACUGUCUUGAGAGUGAGCUCGUUCUUGCUGCGGAUGUGCGAAGUCAAGGAAUAAACAACCGGAUUGUUCCGAAAUCAAUCAAGCGUCACUAUGAUUUA